AUGGCUCUCCGUGAGAUCAGUCCAGCUGUGAACACCGGGCGCACCAGUCACCCUACAGGAGUACCAACCCGAACGAAAAAAAAAAAAACAACCGUUGCGCGAAAACAAUGUCGUGUUCGUGAUACUUUACAGCGAGUGAACAGUGAACAAUUAGUAAUGAUAAACGCUUUCAUGGAUGGUGGUCACCACCACCAUCACCUAGCCACCUACGGUCUCAAGAUGUCUCCGGGACCCAACGGCAACCAAACCCAAGCGCCGGACAGCAACCAGAACCAUUUCCAGGCUAACUACCCGCAUAUGGGACACCAUUUGAACCCGCACGCGGGCUACGCAGCCCGCGACUUUUUGCUGCGUCGAGACCACCACGAGUUUCCUACUGCAGCUCAAACAGCCCCAAACGAUCCCGUGCUGUUCCACCAUCACCACACGGAGAUGCCGCCUCAUCAUAAUCCCCACCUAGCGCCGCCACACCACCAAUACCACACUGCCUAUCACCCACCCGCACACCACCAAUACCUCAACCCCCAUAUGGGUAUGCCGCCUCACCAUCCCGCGAAUGCCCACGGUGCUUUCUUCCGAUACAUGCGGCAACCCGUUAAGCAGGAGAUGCAGUGCAUGUGGAUAGACCCAGAACAGCCCCAGCCGAGGAAGACCUGCUCGAAGCACUUCACCAGCAUGCACGAAAUCGUCACCCACUUGACGGUGGAGCAUGUGGGUGGGCCUGAGUGCACGACCCACGCAUGUUUUUGGCAGAACUGCGCGAGGAACGGGAGGCCCUUCAAGGCUAAGUAUAAGCUGGUGAACCACAUAAGGGUGCAUACGGGGGAGAAGCCGUUUCCGUGUCCGUUUCCCGGAUGUGGAAAGGUAUUUGCGAGGAGCGAGAAUCUGAAGAUACACAAGAGGACGCAUACGGGCGAGAAACCCUUCAAGUGCGAAUUCGAAGGCUGCGACCGAAGGUUCGCCAACUCCUCGGAUCGAAAAAAGCACUCGCACGUCCACACCUCCGACAAGCCUUACAACUGCCGCAUAGCAGGCUGCGACAAGUCAUACACGCACCCCUCCUCUCUGCGCAAGCACAUGAAAGUCCACGGCUGCUCCGGAAGGUCCCCCCACCACUACGAGAGCGAUGGCGAAGAAUCAAACUCUUCUUCGGCGGGCAGCAUCUCCGUGGCUGCCAGCCCCCACGUGGUGCCCCAGGUUCCCCAGGUGCCGGGUACCACCUCCCUCAGCGACUGGUACGUGUGCCAGCCGGCGCCGGUCGCGCCAGAUCCUCUAGGACACUUUGGGAACCUUCACCAUAGUAAUGUCACGACGGCGUAUUGA